AACGCAAAGAGGAGGCAGUGCCAACACGACCAAACUUUCCUCCCAUCAUCAUAAUUAGCAGCAGCGUAGCCUGCUCUGAGUGAGCGUGUGUGUGUGUAUGUUUGCGUGUGUUUGUGCAGUCAGAUCUUGCACAGCGAGAAAGACCUCCCCGGUCCACAUUGGUCUGUGUUUUUGGAGGCUAACCUGUGGGUCGGUGCACCGCUGUGAAAAGCAUGAAAAUUGGGAUCCAGCAUCUCACAGGACGAGCGACAGGAAGGUGCGCACCAACGAGCUGAGCCCUCAGGAAGCCUGGACAAAGAAUUUAACAAGGAAAAAAGGAGAACAAAGUCGCAUCGUCAGUUGCUGUUAGGGAACCAUGUGCAGCUCCCUGAGCCCCAAACAGGCCACCGGCCCCGGCCUGACAGACAUGCAGCAAUACCAACAGUGGCUUUCCAGUCGACAUGAAGCCAGCCUGCUGCCCAUGAAGGAAGACCUGGCCCUGUGGCUCACUAAUAUUCUUGGUCUGGAAAUCACUGCUGAGAGCUUCAUGGACCGCUUAGACAAUGGCUUCCUGUUGUGCCAGCUGGCUGAGACACUACAGGAGAAGUUCAGGCAAAGUAAUGGAGAUCUGCCUAACCUUGGCAACAGCAAGAGAAUUCCCAAUCGGAGGAUACCAUGUCGGCAGAGUGCCCCGUCUGGCUCCUUCUUUGCAAGAGACAACACAGCCAACUUCCUGGCCUGGUGUCGGGAGGUCGGAGUUGGAGAAACAUGUCUGUUUGAGUCAGAGGGUUUAGUUCUUCAUAAGCAGCCGCGAGAAGUGUGCCUCUGUCUUUUAGAGCUGGGUCGAAUAGCAUCACGGUACAAUGUGGAGCCUCCUGGCCUUAUAAAACUGGAGAAAGAGAUUGAACAAGAAGAGAAAGUGGCUCUACCUCCUCUGUCACCUGUAUCUCCAGCUCAGCCUAUCCCUCCUUCACCUUCUUCAUCUCCUUCCCCAUCUCCAGUUCCUACCAAAGUGACUUCUACCAAAAAAAGUACAGGGAAGCUGUUGGAUGAUGCCGUAAGACACAUCGCUGAUGAUCCGCCUUGCAGAUGUGCAAAUAAGUUUUGUGUAGAAAGACAGUCGCAGGGUCGAUAUCGUGUUGGGGAGAAGAUGCUCUUUAUACGGAUGCUGCACAAUAAACACGUGAUGGUGCGAGUCGGUGGUGGCUGGGAGACCUUCGAGAGUUACCUGCUGAAACAUGACCCCUGCCGCAUGCUCCAGAUUUCCAGAGUGGAGGGCAAGAUAUCCCCCAUCAGCAGCAAGUCCCCCACCAUCAAGGACCUCAGCCCUGACAGCUACCUGGUGGUUGCAGCACACUACCGCAGCAAAAAGUGAAGACAUGAGACUGAAAAACGCCAUUAAUAAAAGGACAGAUGACUUUGUGCUGUUUAUUUACUCUGUAGAGAGGGGGCAUAGCUAUGCAACAUAUCCCUGUUCUCAUAAAGUAAACAUUAAAGCUAUAGUGCAGCGCCUUUCAUAGAAAGUAUUCUUUUGUCAUCAUGAUGAUUUUGUUUUUUUGGUUAAAAAUCAUUGUUGGGUGUUUUGGAUGAAAUUAGGGCUGGACUCAUGUCAGUAGGCCUAUGGGUGCUAUUUAGUUUGACAUAACAGCAAAUAGCUUUGAAAAUGUGUUCAUCAUUACAGUAUCAUUGGUUAACUCGGUGCAAGGAAAGCUGUAGAUUUUCUUGAGAUAUGAGAUUUUCUUGUUUUGAAUUGUAUUUGAAGCAAUAUGACAUCCAGUAGGUAGAAUAUUUUCAUCUUUUAGCUCCUAAUAUGAAUAUCUGUAUUUGUACAAGGUAAAAAUGCAAGUUUUUUAAAUGAAAUGAAGUUAGUGGUGGAGAUGCUAGCACCUUUAUGAAACUAGUAUUCCUUGGCAACUUGAUGUGGAUUUUGUUGUUUUGUGUGUGCUAGUUUUGAUUUCACAGUUUUUGAUUUGUCAUCAAACUGAUCUUAUCUAAAUCUCUCAUAGUGUAUAAGCUCUAAUGGGCCAUGACUCAAACUGAAUUUUACCUCCAACAUUAGAAGAAGAAUUUAACCCCCCCCCCCCCCC